AUGUCACCUCAUGCAGAAAUAAUUUCAAAGGAGGUUCCGACAGGGGCGAAUAACUGGUGGAAGGAGGCAACGGUCUACCAGGUAUAUCCGGCUUCCUUCUAUGACUCGAACGGUGAUGGCUGGGGUGAUAUCCCCGGCCUUAUCGCCAAAAUCCCCUACCUCCACUCGCUAGGAAUCGACGUCGUCUGGCUGUCUCCAAUGUACGACUCACCGAUGCACGACAUGGGCUACGACGUCUCAGACUAUGAGAAUGUUCUCCCGGCAUACGGAACCGUGCAAGAUGUCGAGAACCUGAUUCAGGCAUGCCAUGAGCGGGGCAUGAAGCUCAUUCUUGACCUCGUUGUCAAUCAUACCAGCGAUCAACACGAAUGGUUUAAGGAAAGUCGCAGCAGCAAAGACAAUCCUAAGCGAGAUUGGUACUUCUGGCGCCCUCCGCGAUAUGAUGAGCAAGGAAACCGUCUGCCCCCGAGUAACUACCGAGGCUAUUUUGCAGGAAGUACAUGGACGUGGGAUGAGCAUACCCAAGAAUACUACCUCCACCUCUACGCCCCAAGUCAACCGGACCUAAACUGGGACAACGAAUCCACGCGACAAGAGAUCUACAAAAGCGCUGUCCACUUCUGGCUGGAAAAGGGGAUUGACGGCUUCCGCGUCGAUACGGUCAACAAAUACAGCAAACACACGUCCUUCCCCGAUGCACCAGUUGUCGAUCCCAAAAGUUACAUUCAGCCCGCGAUCCCAAUGUGGUGCAACGGGCCGCGUAUUCAUGAGUUCCUACGCGAGAUGUACGACACCGCUCUCGCACCGUACGGAGAUGUCGUUACUGUCGGCGAGCUAGCGAACACACCCGAUCCCAAACAAGUAUUGGAAUAUGUCGGCGCAUCAGCGAAAGAGUUGAGCAUGGUAUUCCAUCUUGAUAUUGGACACAUCGGAAUGGGCGCACUGGAGGAUAAAUACAUUUUUCAUCCAUGGGAACUGACAAAGUUGAAGGACGUUGUGUACAAAUGGCAAAGCUUUGUCGAGGGAAGCGAUGGGUGGACGACAGCAUUCUGCGAGAACCAUGAUAACGGGCGCUCUGUAUCACGAUUUGGCGACGAUUCCUCUGCUUUUCGUGAAAUAAGCGCCAAAAUGCUUGCGAUUAUGAUGGUUUCCAUGACGGGCACCUUGUUUCUUUACCAGGGGCAGGAAAUCGGUAUGAUCAAUGCGCCGCGUGAGUGGCCUAUUGAUGAGUAUCGCGACAUCGAGGGACUGGGCUAUUACCGUGAAGCCGAGUCUCUGGAAAAGAGUGGCGUUGAUACGUCGCGUAAAGAGAAGAUAAUGGACGGACUGAGAAUUCUCGCGCGUGAUCAUUCUCGAUUGCCUAUGCAAUGGGAUGAUUCUCCUCAUGCGGGAUUUACGACUGGCAAGCCUUGGAUGAGAGCUCAUGACUUGUACCCUGAGAUUAAUGUGAAGCAGCAGGAAGCUGAGAAGGGAAGUGUGCUAUCAUUUUGGAAGGAGUUGCUCAGGAUGAGGAAGACGUAUCGGGAUUUGUUCAUCCAUGGUGCGUUUGAGGUCUUGGAUCGUGAGGAUCCCGCAACAUUUUGCUUUUUAAAGAGCAGAGAUGAUAGGGAGGCUUUGACUAUAUUGAACUUUACGGCUCAAAGCCAGCCUUUCAACCUUGCCGAAAAGACUUCUGGGAUGAAGUUGCUGGUCGGAAAUUACGGGGCUUCUGAAUUCGAGACUCUUAAACCAUUCGAAGGUCGAAUUUACAUCAAAUAA